AUUCGAAGAAAUGGCGUUACGCAAGGUGCGUAGCAACAUUGACCGGAUCUUUGACAAGUCUCUGACCGACUUGAUCCGCGGAAUUCGCAAUAAUAAGGAUAAUGAGUCCCGAUACAUCACUCAAUGUAUGGAAGAGAUCAAGCAGGAGCUCCGACAAGACUCGAUUUAUGUGAAGGCGAACGCAAUUGAAAAGUUGGCCUAUCUCCAAAUGCUCGGUUAUGACAUCUCAUGGGCUUCGUUCAACGUGAUAGAAGUGAUGGCUUCUACAAAAUACACGGAAAAGCGAAUAGGAUAUCUCGCCGCUGCACAAAGCUUCCACGAUGAGACUGAUGUCCUUAUGUUGACGACGAAUUUGAUAAGAAAAGAUGUGAAUAGCUCAAAUAUGUACGAAAGCGGUAUCGCAUUGGGUGGUCUCAGCUGCUUCGUAACUCCAGAUUUGGCUCGAGAUCUCGCAGCGGACGUUGUAAAUUUGCUCUCUUGCUCGCGGAAUUAUACGAGAAAACGGGCGGUUCUGCUGCUUUAUAAGAUAUUUUUAAAGUAUCCAGACGCUCUACGACCAACAUUUCCCCGAUUGAAAGAAAAAUUGGAAGAUCCGGAUCCGGGAGUUCAGAGCUCGGCGGUUAAUGUGAUUUGUGAGCUGGCGAGGAAAAAUCCGAAGAAUUAUUUGACACUGGCACCGGUUUUCUUUAAAUUAAUGACUACUUCUUCGAAUAAUUGGAUGCUUAUUAAAAUUAUUAAAUUGUUCGGAGCCCUCGUCCCACUGGAGCCCCGACUUGGCAAGAAGCUCCUGGAGCCGCUCACAAAUCUCAUCAAUUCAACGUCAGCAAUGUCGUUGCUCUACGAGUGUAUUAAUACUGUUAUAGCAGUACUAAUCAGCAUCUCAGCCGGCGGAGACCACACCGCUUCCAUUCAACUUUGCGUCCAAAAACUCGGCGUUCUCAUCGAAGAUUCCGACCAAAAUCUGAAAUAUUUGGGGCUCCUGGCGAUGGGAAAAAUUCUAAAAACCCACCCAAAAGCCGUCCAAGCUCACAAGGACAUUGUGCUCCGAUGCCUUGAUGAUAAAGAUGAAAGUAUUCGAAUAAGAAGUCUUGAUCUACUUUAUGGAAUGGUUAGUAAGAAGAAUAUUGUGGAAAUUGUCAAAAAACUAAUGGAACACGUCGAAGCUGCCGAAGGAAGUCAUUAUCGAGAUGAGCUUCUGAGCAGAAUUAUUGGAAUAUGUAGUUGGAGCAACUAUCAAUAUAUUACCAAUUUUGAAUGGUAUAUUUCGGUGCUCGUGGAGCUCACGAAGGUGGAGGGAACGGAGCACGGGGCGAAGAUUGCCGAGCAGAUCCAAGAUGUAACCGUACGUGUCGAGUCAAUUCGUCACUUUUCCGUCUCUCAAAUGGCUCUUCUCGUCGAAAAUGCUCAUGUUUUGCUCGCCGGCUCGGCUCAACAACGGAGCAAUAUGUGUGAAGUGCUCCUAGCGGCCGCUUGGAUUUGUGGAGAAUAUAGCCAACACGUCCGUAAUCAACAAGGUGUGCUCGAAUCAAUGCUCAAAGCGAAACCAUCCGUGAUGCCCGGCCACAUUCUGUCGGUUUACGUUCAGAACAUUGGAAAACUCUACUGCUCCCUAAUGUCUCAAGCCGAAGAGGAAGACGAUUGGGAUGCUAUAGAUAGUCUCGACAACCUUAUGCUCUCGAAACUUCCACAAUUCGAGCUCUCCGAGCAUCUAGAAGCUCAGGAGAGAGCCUGUAACCUGAUGGCUAUCAUACGGAUCGUUGAGAAGCUCCACCAAGACCGUCAAAAAAUGGGCUCCGAAGUUCAGAAGCUCUAUGAUGGGGAGCUUAAUCCAGUGGCUACAAAAGCUCAGCGAAAGGUUCCAGUACCGGAUGGCCUGGAUCUAGAUGCAUGGAUUGGUGAGGAGUGGGCCGCUGCUUCUGAAGACGAAUCGGAUGAUGAAUCGGAUAUUGAGGAGAUGUUCGGAGCACCGGCUACCCGACCGAAAAUGCUCGAGAAUGAGGAGCAGGAGCCGGUGGUGCAGGACCUGGAGGAGCUCGGUGGAGGGAAGAAGAAAAAGGGGAAGAAUGGGGCUGAAAUUGCGAUGAGCAAAGAGGAAAUUGAGAAAAGACGGAAGUUGAGGGAACAGGAGAUUGAGAAUAAUCCCUAUUAUGUUAAGGGCUCAGCAACUGCUCCAAAACGUCCAACACGUUUCGGCAACCCUCUCGAACGCGUAGAAAUUGUCGAAAAAGAAAAAGAAAUUCAAUCACCACUGGAAAUUCCGGGUGUAGUUGGGCUCCACCGGUAUAUGGAGCAACAAGACUCGACGUUGAGCUGGAAAAAAGCGAAAGAGGAUGAUAUAAUUGGUGGUGGAAAAAAGAAGAAAUCGACGAAAAAAGAUGGAAAAAAGAAUGGGAAGAAAAGUGGAAAAAAGCGAAGAACAACGAGUACAAGUAGUGAAGAAGAGGAUCGAAUUGUGCAUAAAGUUAAUCGAAAUGAUGGAGAAAUGCCUGAAGGAGCCAAGUCAACGGAUGAUGAGGAUGAGAAAAUAACCUCAAUCGACGAAUUCCGGGCCCUUGACAUGGACCUAGACGCCCCGCUCCGGCCCGAUGAGAUUGUAAAAGCUCCUCAAGCCUACACCCGUGUCUAUCCAUCUCAACAAAAACAAGGCCCACUUGUUCCAAGACCACCCACGACGUUUGAGCCGAGACUUGUUGCUCAGCAGCAGGAACCUGCUGUGAAAUUAGUUAAGGAAAAGAAGAAGAAAACUGGGAAAAAGACGACGACGGCGACGGCGGUGGCGAAAUUAAAGAAAAAGAAGAGCCUUCCAGAAUCGUCGGCUUCGAAAUCGAAUUUAUUUAAUAUGGAUGAUUGGUUGGAUGGAAGUAAUGGAAAUGUACCAAUUGAUAGUACUUUGGAGAUGAAGAGUACCCUUAAUGUGGAAAAGCCGAAAAAGCUGAAAAAAUCGGCAAUUUCUUCAAAAAAGAAGGUCCGCGAGGCAUACGAGGAGACAUCAGGCGUCUGUACACCAUCAAUUCCCCAUCAACCGAGCCCAAUUGACUCAGAAGCCGCCACGUCAUCAGAGUACUGUAGACUCGCCGCCAACAAGACGAUCUACGUGGAUUUCGUGGCGAGACCCAACUGCGAUCCGCUGGAUCAUGGGCGGCUCACUGUGCAUUUGAGAGUUUCCAGGAAGGAGCAUAAGGAGAAAAUUCGAAAAAUUGAGCUGAAUAUGGUGGAUACGUUGAAUGCGAAAGUGCUCAAGGAGUCGGAGGACCCGAUUCUGCUUGCCGAGGAGCUCGAUUCGGAUGCCACGUCAUCAGAAGCUUCGUUUGAUGUGCAGGUUACCGCUACCAACGUGUCACGGACAAUGAGAGGAACACUGACCUACUUUUUAGUGGACGACGAAGGAACACGUGACGACAAGCUUGAUCUCCGUCUGCCAAUUCCCGCCACAGUCUUUGUAAUGCCCAACUCCAGCAUUCGAAAAGACGACUAUUCGGCACUUUUAGCCUCUGAUGACGUGGAUUUUGGAGCCACACAGAAUGUGGCAACCGGAGAAGUGAAGCUGAAGACGGUGCUCACACAAAUUGUACGAAAAGCUCAUUUUUCAAUUGUCGAGGAGACGCCGAAAGCCGCUUCGUUGUUUGGAAGAACUGUUGGUGGAGAGCCAAUUUGUUUGUUGGUUAAGAAAACGUCCGACGGUGUUCAAAUUGACGGAAAAGCUGGCGACGAGCAACUAAUUCAAUCGAUAAUUCAAGACGUUUCGGAGAUUUGCGCUCGAGCCUGAAAAUGCUCAUAAUCACCCCAAUUGCUGCUCUUUUUUUUUUGUGCUCAUCUCCCCCCUAAAAUUUGAAUUUUUGUGUAUUUUUUUGCAUUUUUUUAUUUCUUAAAAAUUGUGAUUUUUUCUAUACUUUGUCAUCAUUUUUUUCCAUUCCAAAUUUGCUUAAGGUUGUGAAUUUUUAAUUUUAUUAAUUUAUUUUCCGAAUUUUUCGAUUUUUUUUUCAACAUUUUUAAAUCCUAAUUUCUACACCAAGAUCCUCACCUAUUCCCCCUACUUACAUCCCCAAAAAAUUUCAAAAAAAAAAAAGAAACUCUAAUUUAUUUUUCUGUGUCAAUACUGGUGAGAACUUGAAUAAAUAAUAUGUAUGAG